AUGAGCCGCGCGGAAGACCGCAAGAACGCGGCGGGGGUAAUCCAUUAUUCGUUCCUUCGACCUGGGGAGACAAUUACGGCCGAAAAGUACUGCCAGUACAUUAAUGAGAUGAACGACAAUUUAGCGCGCGGUAUGCCAUAUUUACAGCCACCAUUACUCACUCUUAGCUUUUUUAUCAGGAGCCCUAGGGAUUUCUCAGUUGAUUUGCUGCGCCAGAGCAAUGGGAAUCUAACUGGCUUAUUGAUAAUAUUGGAAUCUUUCAAACUGGCGGGGGAAGGGCGCAACCGGGAUCUGCUGAUUCCACUUUUCCAGGAUGACAGCGGGAUUGAUAGUGACGACGCGGAACGUGCGCGUGCGCAGCUUAAUCUUCGUGGUUUAAUACAAUUGACUGAAAGCAGUAGCAGUGAUGAAGAACCUAUGUUAAAGGAACCAUGGAUUCGAACGACAAAGAGGAGAUUUGAUGAGCAAUUGAGAAACAUGGAAGAGGGACGCUUGGAGCGCGAGGUAUUGAUACCGUUGAAGCCUUGGAGGUCGUAUUGUGAUGAUGCGUCACUCCCGAGCACUCCUGAUCGAUCCUCGCCUCCUCUCUACGAAGUGGAACUGACGGCCUCUGAUGAAGAUGAUGACGCGUCUGUCCUGGAGUUAGUGAUACCGGUUCAAACGAGAUAUAGGAUUGGAACCCCUCAAAACGCUAUCGCAGCCAGCAUCUUCUGCAGCCUCCUCUGCUGUUUAUUAGCCCCGGCGAGGCACGUCUGGCAGGCAGAGCUGGCUGAAUGGCGCGGGGCGGCGCCCGAGCCCGUCAGUCGCGCCUCAGCCCCCGGAGAGGUAACACGUGUCCUCGUCCACCCCGCGACUUAUAUAACAAUCCGCACACACAGCCCGCAGCCUCCUACUCCUACAUCGACCCACGCGAUUUACAGCGCUAACUACAUACAACCGAACAGUAACGGAACCCGUGAUACACGCUGCAUCUCAGAGAUUGAGGUGGCCGGGUGCGUGUGGGGUAGGCGGGCCCGGGUGCGGCCGCUGCAGGCUCUGGGUCGUACGGCCGGUAUGCUAGCGACGCAGAGAUCGCAGUCUUGUAACGAGGAAGGAGCGUUCUUUGGUGCGAGGGCGCUCCGACGGCCGCGCGGGAAGGGCAGUGGGAGCCCGCCCUGCUAG